AUGAAAAAGGCAUGCCUUUCGGAAUGAUGGAUAAAAAACCAUAGGGAGCUAAGUUUGCAGGACGCAGGAAAGUUUUCCGCAGACAAAUGUUUGGCGCUCUCUCAUUCAGCCCAUGACCGAGAACACGUAAAAAAUCCCCGAGAACCGCUGCGAGCGCACGGAGGACUGCACAGUCGGCACGAGGAGAAGGACAUCGAAGAGGCGCUUCACUGAGGGAGUAGAGGAAGAAGAGAAGAAGGGAGAGAGUGAGAGCGAGAGAGAGAUAGAGAUCCUAUCUCACUCUCCCAGUUGAGAUCUUCAGCGCUCACUGUCUCGUAACUGGUAAGAAGGAGCCACUUUUCUGGAUUUUUACGCUGCGUAAAAGUUGAGAGUUUGUGGAAAGUCAGCAGGACAAUGUCCAGUAAAGCGACUCUAGCAUUACUCAUCUAUGGAAUCAUUAUGCAUUACAGCGUCCACUGCUCACCUGUGGGGCUUAGCUUUCCCAGUGUUAGACUCGACAGUGAAGUUUAUGACGAGGAUGGCAAUUCCUUACCGUCCCUGGAUUAUGACACAGACCAAAUGGAUGUGAGAAGCGCUCCGUCUGUCGCUGACGACGUCUACACUUUGUUCUACCCACCGGAGAAAAGAACGGAAAGGCAUGCAGACGGCAUGUUUAAUAAAGCCUACAGGAAAGCGCUGGGUCAGUUAUCAGCAAGGAAAUACCUUCAUUCUCUGAUGGCAAAACGUGUAGGCGGGGGGAAAGUGCUGGACGACAGCUCGGAGCCCCUGUCCAAGCGACACUCAGACGGGAUCUUCACAGACAGCUACAGCCGCUACAGGAAGCAAAUGGCAGUCAAGAAAUACCUGGCGGCGGUCCUUGGGAAAAGCCUUGAAGACAUAGGUAUUCACCAUAUCCUACAAGAGAUAGACUUUGAUGCCCUCCCGGACGGGGAUGAGUUUGAGGCUUUUUUGGGAGACUGGCUGAAACAGUUCUCUCCCGAAUUUCCGGUGAGUUUUAGGCCCUUUCCUGAGGCCAUGUCCUUGCAGGGGCUUCUCAUGCCCCUCCCCUUUUCUUCUCACCUUCAACUCUUGUGAUCUUGCUUCAAACACUCAAACCCAAACUCUACUUCCACCUCAUCUGUGCUCCUGUCUCUCGAGGGUCUCAAAUAUUUGAAUUCCUGUACAGCCACGAGCAUACAGACUGAAUUUGGAGAGACUUUGAUCCGACUGAUGUGUCAUUGUUGACCAAAAAAAAAAGAAUUAAAAAAAAAAACAUUCAAAAUGACAGUUUUCGGUAUCUUUUACCAAAUCAAAAUCCCAAAUCUGAACUGAGGACCAGAGUACUUUUGAGGUUUUUCUCGCCCUUUUUUCUUCCGCAGUGUUUACAAAGUGAGCUUUCACCUUUGACUCAUGUAAAGUGCCAAUCUUGUGUUUCUAUCAACUGUGUUUGGAUUCUGCUCAAGGUUUCCCUCUUGUCUCUCUGCCCAUAUAAUAAGUAUCAGGAACAUCUCAAACACCAUCAGGCAAAUUAAAAAUAAAAAAAAAAAAUACUGAAUAAAACAAUAAAAAUAAAAAUAAAGAAAUGAUACUUGUUACAUGGUGACCUAUUCAUCAAUUUGUUCUUACUGAGAGACAUGCGAGGCAAUUUGAACUUUUGUGUUUGAACCUUCUGGGUCUAUUGUGCUUCCCUUUUUCUGUCAUGUGAACCAAUGUAAAAAGAAAAAAAAAACUACAAUAGAUUGCAUGAUUAAAGUAAUUGCACUAGCCACCGCAUCUGUGCAGACGACUCCAACUAGAUGGUUUUGCUUGUUUUCUGACUACUACAAACAUACAUGCCUGUCAUUUCUGGAUGUCGUUUUGUGUUCUGUACUCCUCACUUACAUUUCUACACAAGCUGUACGUUGAACCUCCGUUGAAGAAUCACUCUGAAUGUACUUUACCGCUGGCAAGAACUGCUCAGUCUAAUGUCAUGAUUUGAAGGUUCUGUUAUAUUUAGACGAGACUGGAGAUUUUCUUUUGUGAUCUGCUGUUAAGUUGUACGUGAAAACAAGUCUGUGCACCAUUAAAGUGGUCAUUUUCUAUGAUCUACACAUCUGCACUGUGGCACCAAAUGCUGCCAUAAUUCAUUCAAUCUAAAGACAAGGGUGGGUGAGCCCGUAAGAGGAAAACGCAGUCACCAAGAGAAAGCAAAUCAGGAAAACGAAGGGUGUGAAUGACAAUGAACAUGCUGAUGAGAGAAGCCGAGGGAUCAGAAAAGGAUUUGCCACCCAGCAACAGAUCACAUCACGUAGGUUACACUAGCGAUUGUAGUUCUCACUUCACCGUUCCCCCAGUCUGCACACUUCUCACCAAAUUUAUGAUGCAGGGAUGCAAAUUUUUUGGGGGCGAGCUGAUCCUUAGCUUAGAUCAUUGCCAGGAUGAAGUUCUUCGAUCUGUGUUUACUGUAUCAAUCUCUCUUUAAUUUUGCAUUCCCCUCUAGGAUUUGUGACGCAGGAGGCAGUUUGCGGCUGUGGUGCCUUGCAUCGACUUUAAAAUCGCCAUGAAUCACAGAUGGCUAUUUAGUGGCCCUACAAUGCUGCACAUCAUCAGCUUACAUUUCAUCCUUUUGUUGUUGUUAUUAUUAUUUUUUUUGUGUUGCACUGAUGUUUAAUAGGAUCUUUAGCAUCAUCCAGCUUUAGGCAUCAAGCCUUCUUGCUUGCACUGCUUUCUGUUGCACUUUGUUUUUAGAGCUCUAGACGUAGAUUUUUGUGAAAGCAGAGGGGAAGAGCAGUGGCUCUCCAUGAGACAUUAUAUGUAUGAUAAUAAAAGCGCCAAUAGCCUUACUAAAAUAAUCUUCAAAGAUAUAUAUAAAUAUAUAUAUUUAUUGUGUGCAAAGUGAAUAUUAGAUUACUACUUCAAAUGGCGAUCUGCAAGGGUCAAGUCAAUAAAUGUUUAAAAAAAAACGUGUUGUAAGAUUUGAAUGAAUAAAUUUUUGUAAACAACA